AUGAGGUGGACGAGAUCACAUAGCUUACGAAGGAGGCCAAGAGUGAUUGAAUCGGGUUUUCAAUCAAAGUUUACUAACACGGCUGACAAUGCUAUCGAUCUUGAUGAAUUCGACGUCUUGUACAUUGAAUCAGGUUCAUCAAGGGUCCGUGUAGUUGAAGGAAAGAAUGUUAUGAUGAAUGUAGGGAAUCAAGGUCUAGCUGUUGGGGGACGGAAACUGAAAUUACCAAAAAAGAUUAACAAUGGAAAAGUAAAGGAGAAUGACAGCAGUGAUGAUGAUUUUGUUGAGAGAAAAACGAAGAUGGAUACUGAAAAGAAGGAUAACAAAAUGAAAAGGAAAAGGGUUGAAAAGAUUUUUAAGGAUAAAAAGGUUAAUGUUAAGGAUCAAAACCUGCCGCACAUGCAUAUUUUCUGUACAUGUCUUCAAUUGCAUCAUCAGAUGGGUAUUUAA